GCACAGACAGCUCCUGUUUUGACCUGUCCAUCAUGGCGGCUCCAGUUACGCCUGUGGUCUCCGCUCAGUGGCUAGCUAAAGCUGUUAUAAGCAAACUCGUAGGUCCUAAACUCCGCAUCCUGGACAGCUCCUGGUAUCUACCGAAAACCAACCGGGUCGCUAAAGAGGAGUUCAACCAGAAGCACAUCCCCGGAGCCUUGUUUUUCGACAUAGAUGACUGCUGCGAUAAGAGCUCCCAGUAUGACCACAUGCUGCCGACCUCCAGCGACUUCUCCCGGUAUGUGGGAGACCUCGGCAUCGGGAACGACACCCACGUUGUAGUCUACGACACCAGCGACUUCGGCUCCUACACCGCGCCUCGUCUGUGGUGGAUGUUCCGGGUGUUCGGGCACGGCUCGGUGUCGGUGCUUGACGGAGGGUUGAAGAACUGGCUGGCUGAGGGUCACCCGGUGACCUCCGACUGCAGCAAGCCGGAGCGCAGAGACUUCCAGGCGGAGCUCAAUCAGUCCUGGGUGAAGAGCUUUGAAGAUGUGAUGGAGAACAUCAAGACCAAGAAGGUCCAGGUGGUGGACUCCAGGUCUGCUGGCAGGUUCCAGGGAACCGAACCAGAACCAAGAGAAGAUGUCCUUCCCGGGCAUUUCCCCGAAACCAUAAACAUGCCUUUUACCUCUUUCCUGGAUUCGACUGGAAAGCACCACGGCCCUGAGACCCUGGCCCAGCUCUUCAAGGAGGCCGGAGUGGAUCUAAAGAAGCCUCUGUGGGCUUCCUGUGGUUCUGGAGUCACUGCUUGUCAUGUGAUUCUUGCAGCUUACAGGCUUGGGUAUUCUGGGGUUGGUCUCUAUGAUGGAUCCUGGGGGGAAUUUUUCAAUAGGGCUCCUCCAGAGUACAUCAUUUCAGAGGGGGAGGGAAAAAAGGAGUGAUAACCUGGUGCAAAUAAAUUAGGUCAAUUUCUGAAGGAGCGGCAUUUGUUUUCGCUGCCAAAAAUAGCCUCAUAUAAUGGGAUUUAUGCUAACAUAAUUGUUUUGUUUUUUUUAGAAUUAUUUUUUUAAAUAAUUUUUUUAAUAAUAAUUGAUCCCACUGUGCUAUUCGAACUUAACUAUAUUAUAACCUAUAUGAUCUAACAGAAUGAUGUAAAAGAGAACUAAAGUGCCUUAAAUCUGUUUUUAAUUCAGUGGUUCUUAAGUCUUAAUUAUUUUGGCUUUACUGCCAUGAAUUUAUUUUUUCAAUGAGAAAUAAUUAAUUGUUAACAGUGUUUACAAAUUCAAAUUAUGCUUUUUUUUGCUGGAAUAAAAAUGAACUGAUAAGGAAGAGGAUCCUUCUAAAGGGGUUUGCUGCAGGAUGAUUUGCAGGCCAGACCUUUAAAAACAUUAUGACUCUUAAGUUGUUCUUGAUUAUUUUUUUAAUCAAAGUUAUUACUACAUAUAUGAAACAUGUCAAGUGUUCUGAUACAGAACCUUUUUUUUGUGCACAAGUUAUUUGUGGAUCACAGCAUUAAAGCAUUUAUCACCUCA